GCGCUGGCGACGUUGCUGUCGCUUUGUUGCUAUUUCUCGGCUCGGUUUCGCUUUGCCGGCGCAGCAGCGGAGCGGUGGCAGCGGGGUCCGGAGCCUCCUCUCGAUAGGCGGGAUGACUCAGUGGUAUCAGUUGCAGCAACUUGAUUCCAAAUUCUUGGAGCAAGUACACCAGCUGUAUGAUGACAGCUUUCCCAUGGAAAUCAGACAGUAUCUGGCACAAUGGCUGGAAAAUCAAGACUGGGAGCAUGCUGCCAACAACGUUUCAUUUGCUACAGUAUUGUUCCAUGACCUGCUGUCACAGCUAGACGAUCAGUUCAGUCGGUUUUUAAUAGAAAACAACUUUUUGUUGCAACACAACAUCAGGAAAAGCAAACGUAAUCUUCAGGAUCAUUUUCAAGAGGACCCAAUACAAAUGGCAAUGACAAUCUUCAACUGUCUGAAGGAAGAAAGGAAAAUACUGAGCAGCGCCCAGUUGUCAGACCAGAUGCAGGUGGGGAACAUACAGAAUACUGUAAUGCUGGACAAACAGAAGGAGCUGGAUAUGAAAGUCAGGAGUGUGAAGAACAACGUUGUGGAAGUGGAACAAGACAUCAAGACUCUAGAGGAUGUGCAAGAUGAAUAUGACUUUAAAUGCAAAACCUUACAGAACAGAGAAAAUGAGACCAGUGGAGUGGCACAGGAUGAAUAUAAGAAAGAACAGCUUGUCCUCCAAAAGAUGUUUCUAACACUUGACCUUAAGCGAAAGGAAGUGGUGAGCAAAAUAAUAAAUCUGUUGAAUAUAUCAGAGCACACACAAAGUGCUUUGAUUAAUGAAGAGCUUGUUGAAUGGAAGCAUAGACAACAAAUUGCUUGUAUUGGUGGCCCACCCAAUGCCUGCCUCGACCAGCUACAAAACUGGUUCACUAUUGUUGCUGAGAGUCUUCAGCAAGUUCGCCAGCAGCUUAAAAAGCUUGAGGAAUUGGAGCAGAAAUUUACAUAUGACCCAGAUCCCAUUACAAAAAACAAACAAGUCCUGCAAGACCGCACCUGCAAUCUUUUCAAACAACUCAUUCAGAGUUCUUUUGUGGUGGAGAGGCAGCCUUGCAUGCCAACUCAUCCUCAGAGGCCAUUGGUUCUGAAGACUGGAGUGCAGUUCACGGUGAAACUGAGAUUGCUGGUGAAGCUACAGGAACUGAAUUAUAAUUUAAAAGUUAAAGUCUUAUUUGAUAAGGACGUGAAUGAGAAGAACACGGUAAAAGGGUUCAGAAAAUUUAACAUUCUGGGAACGAAUACAAAAGUAAUGAACAUGGAGGAAUCCACUAAUGGAAGCUUAGCAGCAGAGUUCAGGCAUCUGCAAUUAAAGGAACAAAAAAAUACAGGAAGCAGAACUAAUGAGGGUCCUCUCAUUGUAACAGAAGAACUUCAUUCCCUCAGCUUUGAAACUCAGCUGUGCCAGCCUGGGCUGGUAGUAGAUCUAGAGACCACAUCCCUUCCCAUUGUUGUGAUCUCAAAUGUGAGCCAGCUUCCAAGUGGAUGGGCUUCCAUUUUGUGGUACAACAUGCUGACUACUGAACCGAAGAACUUGUCUUUCUUUCUGAACCCACCUUGUGCAAGAUGGUCUCAGCUUUCUGAAGUGCUGAGUUGGCAGUUCUCUUCCGUAACUAAAAGGGGACUUCAUGCAGAUCAGUUGAGCAUGCUGGGGGAGAAACUUCUUGGUCCAACAGGUGGAGGCUCUCUUGAUGGCCUUAUUCCUUGGACAAGAUUCUGCAAGGAAAAUAUAAAUGAUAAAAAUUUUCCCUUCUGGCUGUGGAUUGAGGGCAUCCUUGAACUCAUUAAAAAACACCUCUUGUGUCUCUGGAAUGAUGGCUGUAUCAUGGGUUUUAUCAGUAAGGAGAGAGAACGUGCUUUGUUAAAGGACCAAAGGCCAGGGACCUUUUUACUGAGAUUUAGUGAAAGUAGCCGAGAAGGAGCCAUCACUUUUACCUGGGUAGAGGGAUCCCAAAAUGAACCUCAGUUCCAUUCGGUAGAACCUUAUACCAAGAAGGAGCUCUCAGCUGUUACUUUCCCUGAUAUCAUUCGCAACUACAAAGUGAUGGCGGCCGAAAAUAUUCCUGAAAAUCCACUGAGCUAUCUGUACCCAAAUAUUCCCAAAGAUAAUGCCUUUGGGAAAUACUACUCCAGACCCAAGGAGACCUCUGAGCCUAUGGAUUUAGAUGGCCCCAAAGGGAAUGGAUACAUCAAGACUGAAUUAAUCUCUGUAUCUGAAGUCCACCCUUCCAGACUCCAGACCACAGAAAACCUCUUACCCAUGUCUCCUGAAGAUUUUGAUGAGGUGUCUCGAAUGGUGAGCCCUGCAGAAAUUGAUACGGUGAUGUGUUCAGCCUAUCCGACUUAAGUGUUAUUCAUCUCUCUACUAUACUGUUUGCACGUGUCCAUCCUUAAGUAGCUUGCAUUUUUCUGCUUCCCUGUUUCACAGCCUGCAGGGGUAUGCAUCAAGGCUGUGUAGUCUGUGAAAAGCUUUCCCUGCAUUCUGAAGAAAUCCCUUGGACUGUGUGGCACACCAGUGCAUCAGACUGGAGCUUCAGUUCAAUUAAGGAAUUGAGGUUCUUAAUGAGUUCAGUGUGAAAAUGAAUAAUCCCCAGAGUAGCCUGUAUGUUACUGAUUGUGAUAUUACAUUCAUUUAAUUGUAAUUUUCAAUGAGCUAGAGAAUUUUCUGUCACCACUGUGAAACUCCAGCACAGAAGGUGGAGGGGGAAAAGCUGGAAAUCCUAGCAACAGGGUAGAGGACAGACGGGGCUCUUGGUUGGGAGAGCAGUGUGGGAUUAUGGGAGAAGCCUGUGUUUCUACUAAAUUUAUCGUAAAGGAAAUAGUUAUGUUGACAUUUACAAUGUUGGCUCUAGGUUUAAAGUAAAGGUAAUUCACACCUCCGAGAUUGGUUUCAGGCUGCCUGUAUAAUCAGGGAGACAAUAAGCUUCAGUUUGCACUUGGCUCACACUUGGAAGGCUUUCUUCUGCAAUGAGGAGGGCUGGAAUAUUUUCUUUUAAAUGAAAGCUUAAAUACUUUCUCAAAGAAUACAGCCACAAACUGCACUGACCUGUGUUUGCUUCUGCUCUGCUAAAUCAGUGGCAUAUCCUUCACUGUAAAUAAAAACUAGCAUGUUA